AUGAGCACGCUAGGCAGUGUCCGAGUUGGCAGGAAAGCGCCAGACUUCCGCUGUGACGCCGUCAACAAAGGCGUCAUCGAGGAAGUCACGCUCAGCACGUACAUCAACAAGGACAAGAAGUCAUGGCUCAUUCUGCUGUUCAUACCCGCAGCAUUCUCCUUCGUGUGCCCGACUGAAGUGCUUGCUUUUCAGAACUGUCUGGAAGAGUUCAGGGACCGCAACUGCGAUGUCAUUUUCGUUUCGGUCGAUACCAAGCAUUCCCUCUGGCACUGGCAGAAUGUCCCUCGACAAUACGGUGGCCUGGGGCACAUUGAUAUCGCGCUGCUUAGCGAUGCCAACCACAAGAUGAGUCGCGACUAUGGUGUUCUUAUCGAGGAGGAGGGCGUAUGUCUGCGGGGGAUGUUCAUCUUGGACGAGGAGACCAUGGUGCAGCAGGUAACGCUCAACAACCUCACCGUCGGCCGUUCCGUCCUCGAAGCGCUCCGCCUCCUCGAAGCAUUCCAGGCCGUGGCCAAGCACGGCGUUCUCUGCCCCAUCGACUGGAAGCCAUCCAACAACACAAACGACAUCGCUGCAACCAUAUCGAACACGCUGACUGAAUCCUACGAGGAACGCCUGGCCAAUCUGCAGAAGGAGUUCGGCGACACGGUCGUUACAGAUCUUGACGCAAAGCACAAGCGCGGAAGCAGUGGGAAAGACAGCAAUAGCAGCGAGGAGCGCAUGAAGGACUCUCGCCAGGGCAGCAACGCAACCGCCAGCAGUGCUACCCCAAGCAGCCGCAAAACUAGCAGCACGCCCAGCACGCGCAAGACGAGCGCGGACCUGCGCCUGAGCCGAGAGUCUAGUCUCAGCACCACUCUCGACUCGCCGAAGUCGACGACGAAGAGCAGCAACGACAACGAGGAGCCGGCCAAGAGCUCUUCCAAUGAUGCCGUUCCGCAAAUACGGACGAGCGCAACCUCCACGCCCUCCCGCUGGCCCUUCAAAUCAGACCGGUCCCCCAGCGCGCCACAGAACACCAGUCUCAAGCCCAUGCCGACACCGAGUCGACAAGACCCGCCCAGAAUGCUGCGCCAGUACUCGCAGAACACCACGGCGCGCCACGCCCGCGGCCACUGCACCGCCACCAAGCCCCCACGCCCCGAACCCGGCCCCCUAACCCCAGCCCAAACCCACCUCCUGCCCCUCUCCCCCAGAAACACGUACGAGUCCCGCCGCGGCUCCCACGUCGUCCUCGAAUUCGCCGACCCCACCUCCUCCCCGCGGACCUCGCCGCACGCCACCCCCGGCAGCCCGACCGUCCAGCCGCUGUACUCGCCCUGGCUGUCUGCGCCGGCGCGCGUGCAGAGCCCGAGCAGCAUCGCAACCACGCCGCGUCCCUCUGAAGCUACCCUCCAGGGCGGCACGCCGACGCGGCUGCAGGCGACGUUUGAGGCGAUCAAGAAGAUGAGUGCGGGGCUGGCGAGUCCGAGCCCGAAGAGGGCGGUGAGCGGGGGGCGUGGGGGCGCGGAAGGGGGGAAGGCAGCGGAGGGCAGCGGCCAGGGUCAGGGGCAGAGGCAGGGGCAGGUGCAGACGCCGGGGUAUUUUGAUGUCAUUGUUGAUGCGGUCGAGGUUUAAGUUUGGGAUUGGAGAGGGGAGGCAGAGUGCAGCGUUGACGCGGUACCGAGUGCGCUCAUUGUUUGCUUUCAUGCGUUUACUCUAGAUCAUUGCUUGCUUUGCUCGUGCUUUGAAAUGAGUUUCGGUGGUCGAGCGGUUUCGCGAGGGGCGUUUAUCUCGUCAUUUAAUCCAUUGUGAAGAGUCCUUUUUUAGUUUCUUUGGUUCUUAAUGCUGUUUGCAUAGACACUUGCUCAACUUCUUGCUCAACUUCAAACGGCUUUAAAUUAUC